CAAUGCUCACAGAAAAGUGCUUGGGAUUUUUUUACUCUGGACUAUGUCUCUGGGCAUCCUUCUUCCUGUCUUUCUUUAAAGUCUCUCUGCAGGGUGAAAGCCAGAGGCGCUUGUACAGAGAGCUGCUGAGAAACUACAAUCGUCUUGAGCGACCGGUCAUGAACGACUCCCAGCCCCUUGUAGUUGAGCUUCAGCUUUCUUUGCUGCAGAUAAUCGACGUGGAUGAGAAGAACCAGGUGUUGAUCACAAACGCUUGGCUGCAGAUGUACUGGGUUGAUAUUUACUUGUCUUGGGAUCAGUACGAAUACCCAGGAGUGCAGAACUUACGAUUUCCAGCUGACCAGAUUUGGGUACCAGACAUUCUUCUGUAUAACAGUGCGGAUGAAAGAUUUGAUGCAACAUUUCACACAAAUGUGCUGGUGAAUUACUCUGGAUCCUGCCAAUAUAUUCCUCCAGGCAUCUUGAAGAGCACCUGCUACAUUGAUGUCCGCUGGUUCCCCUUCGAUGUGCAGAAGUGUGAUUUGAAGUUUGGCUCCUGGACUCACAGCGGCUGGUUGAUUGACCUACAGAUGCUUGAUGCUGAUAUUUCCAACUACAUCUCAAAUGGAGAGUGGGAUUUAGUGGGUGUCCCAGGAAAAAGGAAUGAGAUGUACUAUGAGUGCUGUAAAGAACCCUACCCAGAUGUGACGUACACCAUCACCAUGCGCCGACGCACCCUCUACUACGGCUUGAACCUACUGAUUCCCUGUGUCCUCAUAUCUGGCUUGGCUCUGCUUGUUUUCCUCUUGCCAGCUGAUUCAGGAGAGAAGAUUUCUUUAGGUAUCACUGUUCUGCUUUCCCUGACAGUAUUCAUGCUGCUCGUGGCCGAGAUCAUGCCUGCAACUUCUGACUCAGUCCCACUAAUAGCUCAGUAUUUCGCUAGCAUCAUGGUCAUUGUUGGGCUGUCUGUGGUUGUAACAGUGCUGGUUCUGCAGUUUCACCAUCAUGACCCACAAGCCGGAAAGAUGCCCAGAUGGGUCCGUGUCAUUCUGCUGAAUUGGUGUGCUUGGUUUUUACGUAUGAAAAAACCCGGGGAAAACCUAAAGCCCCUCUCUUGCAAAUAUAGCUACCCCAAGCACCAUCCAAGCAUGAAGAGCAUGGAGAUGAAUGUCCUGCCUGGGCACCAGUCCAGCAAUGGCAACAUGAUCUACAGCUACCAUGCAAUGGAGAAUCCAUGCUGCCCCCAGAACAAUGAUCUGGGUAGCAAGAGUGGAAAGAUCUCUUGCCCCUUGCCAGAAGAUAAUGAGCUUGUUCAAAAGAAAGCUUUAAUGGAUACUAUCCCAGUGAUUGUGAAGAUCCUGGAGGAAGUUCAGUUCAUAGCAACGCGCUUCAGGAAGCAAGACGAGGGUGAAGAGAUCUGCAGUGAGUGGAAGUUUGCAGCUGCAGUCAUAGACAGAUUAUGCCUGGUUGCAUUUACCCUUUUUGCCAUCAUUUGCACAUUUACAAUACUCAUGUCUGCUCCAAACUUCAUAGAAGCUGUUUCAAAGGAUUUUACAUAAGGAUUUCAAAGAUAAACACAAAGAGCAGAAAGGUAACUUAAAAGUGAAUAUUACCAGUAAUUCUGGUAAGUAAUUUAACUGAAAAGAGAGAAAUGUACUUUUAUGUGCUAACAUACACUGAUGGGGAUAAAAUUAAUUUUAGGAGAUAAUUAUUACUGAUGUUAGUAAUUGUAGUUACUGAAUAGUAUAUAUAUUGAGCUCUGUUACUUAUUUCCUAGACUAAUUCCACACGUAAUUAUGUCAUCAUCUGUUACAAAUAAUAGACAAGAAUUCAAGUGCACAAUACAUUUAUUACAAGUUAACAGUAGUGUCAACGUGUUACUAUGUAUUCGUGAACUUUUAAAUAUUGUUAGUAAGUUAAAUGAUGCAUUCAUGACUAUAAGAUUUGCAGCAUUUUAUUGUUUUCAAUAUCUUUAUGUUUUAUCAUUUUUGUUUAGUGUGGUUGUGAAAUUUACUCCUCACAUUUGACAGACAUCUCUCUGCACUUUUAUGAUCCUGCAUAUUGCAUAUAAGAAAAUAAACUAUAAUCUUAUUAGCUCUU